AUGGCGUCGGUGCAAUCAGCUCCCGCGGUCCAGCACCCUGGCGCGUCUGCCAUGCCUGGGCAGAUGACGCAGAGUCAGGUCCAGGAGAUGUUCUUGAAAUUCAAGCAAAUGAAGGAGCGAGGCGUGCCUCAGAAUGAUCCCGAGUUCAUCAAGACCAGCCAAUUCCUGCUUGCGUUCCAGCAACACAACAAGGCGCGAGUAAUGCAGCAGCAACAGCAGCAGCACGCCUCGCAGAACAUGCCCAACGGCACUGGCAUCAAUGGCUCCCAACAGACCCCUCAGCCAACCGUCGCAACGUCACAACCAGCGAGCUCAACACCACAGCAGCCGCCCGCACAGGCGACAGCAUCAGGCACACCCGCGCAGCCCACCACUUCGUCGCCUUCAGGAGCUGGACCCGCUUCGCAAUUCUCACAACAACAGCUCGCCUUGCUGCGGCAGCAGAUCCAGGCUUUCAAGCUUCUCGGCAAGAAUGCUGGUGUACCGUAUCAGAUGCAGCAGGCCCUCAACGCCCAGAGACUGAGACGGCAAGCUGUCGCGGAGCAGUCUGCGCACGCAGCCACAGCGCGCGCUUCGGCCACACCCGCCCCUGACGGUACCAAGGCUGGUUCUGCUGUGCCUGAAAAUGCAACAGAAGCUGACGCGGCAUCCUCAGCGCUCGUGACUGGACGGGUCUACAAGACACUGAAGUCGCCGUAUGAGGGUGGCCAGCUACACGAUACUAUCAGCUACCACGAGCACGGCCAACGACGAAAGCGUUUCAUCAUCCCCGGUAUCUUCCCUACUGGUGUCGAUUUUGAGCAGCUUCGGCACGAGAGAGAAAUCAUCGUCUUCAACCGCAUGAAGGCCAGAUACGCCGAGCUCAAGGCUGUGCCUGGCAAUAUUGCUCACUGGGACACGACAAGUGAACAGGUAACCCCUGACGAUAGUUCCAAGCGGAAAGCCAUCAUCGAACUCAAAUCCCUUGGACUCUAUGCGAAGCAACGUGCGCUGCGCGAAAGAAUUGGCCGGCAGAUGAUGCACUACGACAAUCUGGCCAUGACGACGAAUCGCAGCAACUACAGACGCGUCAAGAAGCAGAACGUGCGCGAGGCGCGCAUCACUGAGAAGCUUGAGAAGCAGCAGCGUGAUGCUCGCGAGCACCGUGAGAAGAAGAAGCACACCGACUUCCUGCAGUCUAUGCAGAAUCACCGGUCUGAAAUCAUCAACACGGUCAACUCGGUACGCAGCAAGAUGUCGAAAAUGGGUAGAGCCAUGUUUUCGCAUCACUUCAAUAUCGAGAAGGAAGAGCAGAAGCGCAUUGAGCGUACCGCCAAGCAGCGUCUGCAGGCGCUCAAGGCCAACGACGAAGAGGCGUAUCUCAAGCUGCUCGACCAGGCCAAGGAUACUCGUAUCACGCAUCUGCUCCGACAAACAGAUGGCUUCCUUAAGCAGUUGGCAUCUUCCGUCAAGGCGCAGCAACGCAAGGCUGCGCAGCAGAAUGGCGACGAUAUCACAGAUUAUCCCGAAGAAGAGAGCGAGCCAGAAGAGGAUGACGACGAGGAAGCUGCCCGCAAGAUUGACUACUACGCCGUGGCCCAUCGCAUCAGGGAAGAGGUCACAGAGCAGGCCGACAUCCUGGUUGGUGGCAAGCUCAAGGAGUACCAGAUCAAGGGUCUGCAGUGGAUGAUUUCGCUGUACAACAACAACCUCAAUGGUAUCCUCGCCGACGAAAUGGGUCUCGGCAAGACCAUUCAGACCAUCAGUCUGAUCUGCUAUCUCAUCGAGCGCAAACUUCAGCCUGGCCCUUACUUGGUCAUUGUUCCCUUGAGUACACUUACGAAUUGGACUCUAGAGUUUGAGAAGUGGGCCCCUUCAGUUGCCAAGGUUGUCUACAAGGGUAACCCUCAGCAGAGAAAGCUCCAGCAGGACAAGAUCCGUCGGGGCGAGUUCCAAGUUCUCCUGACGACCUACGAGUACAUUAUCAAGGACCGCCCGAUUCUUAGCAAGAUCAAGUGGUUCCACAUGAUUAUCGACGAGGGACACCGCAUGAAGAACGCGCAGUCCAAGCUCAGUGCCACCAUCUCGCAGUACUACAGCACGAGAUUCAGGCUCAUUCUUACCGGCACACCUCUCCAGAACAACCUGGGUGAGCUAUGGGCCAUGCUCAACUUUGUCCUACCGACCAUUUUCAAAUCCGUCAAGACUUUUGAUGAAUGGUUCAACACGCCGUUUGCCAACACUGGAGGUCAAGACAAGAUGGAGCUGAACGAAGAAGAGCAGAUCCUGGUCAUUCGGCGUCUGCACAAGGUGUUGCGGCCGUUCCUGCUGCGUCGCCUGAAGAAGGAUGUCGAGAAGGACCUUCCCGACAAGACCGAGAAGGUCAUCAAGUGCAAAUUCUCUGCUCUGCAGGCACGCCUGUACAAGCAGAUGGUCACGCACAACAAGAUCGCAGUCAGUGAUGGCAAGGGUGGAAAGGUUGGCGCUCGUGGUCUCAGCAACAUGAUCAUGCAGCUCCGCAAGCUUUGCAAUCAUCCCUUUGUCUUUGACGAGGUCGAGAACCAGAUGAACCCUCUCAACACCAGCAACGAUCUGCUCUGGAGAACCGCGGGCAAGUUUGAGCUGCUGGACCGUGUCCUUCCCAAGUACAAGGCCACCGGCCACCGCGUACUCAUGUUCUUCCAGAUGACGGCCAUCAUGGAUAUCAUGGAGGACUUCUUGCGCUUCCGUGGCCUGCAAUACCUCCGAUUGGACGGCACGACAAAGUCAGAGGACCGUUCCGAUCUGCUGAGAAUAUUCAAUGCACCCGACUCCCCUUACUUUAUGUUCCUGCUGUCUACCCGUGCCGGUGGUCUCGGCCUCAACCUUCAGACUGCCGACACUGUCAUCAUCUACGACUCAGAUUGGAAUCCUCACCAAGAUUUGCAAGCACAGGAUCGUGCUCAUCGUAUCGGUCAGAAGAACGAGGUGCGCAUCUUGCGACUCAUUAGCUCCAACUCUGUGGAGGAGAAGAUUCUCGAGCGCGCACGCUACAAGUUGGACAUGGACGGCAAGGUCAUUCAAGCUGGUCGGUUCGAUAACAAGUCUUCCGAGACGGAUCGGGACGCUAUGCUGCGUACUUUGCUGGAGACUGCAGACAUGGCUGAGUCUGGUGACAACGACGAGAUGGACGACGAAGAACUCAAUCUGCUGCUUGCCCGAAGCGACGACGAGAUCACCGUCUUCCAGCGCAUUGAUGAGGAACGGGCACGCGAUCCCACCUACGGAACCGCGCCCGGCUGCAAAAACGUCCCACGUCUCAUGGCCGAGAACGAGCUGCCCGACCUGUACCUGAACGAGGACAACCCGGAGCCGGAGGAGGAAGAGACGGUUCUUGGUCGUGGUGCUCGUGAGCGCACCAGAGUCAAGUACGACGACGGCCUCACAGAGGAGCAAUGGCUCAUGGCCGUUGACGACGAUGAGGACUCGCCUGAGGCAGCAGCAGCUCGCAAGCAAGCAAGGAAAGAUAAGCGCGAGGCCAACCGGAUCAAGCGUGCCAGCAUGGGCGCAGGCGCGUCUGGGGCCAACUCACCUAGUCCUAGCAGGGGUAGCUCAGAAGAGCCUGAACCCGAGCCCGAGCCUGAGGCGUCGCCGCCAAAGAAGCGUGGUCGUAAAGCUGGCGGCAAGAAUGAGAAGCGCAAGGCGGAGGACGAGGAUGGCGAGCCUCCGGCGAAGAAGCGUCGUGGCCCACAAGGUCGAGCCAAGGCUGUCGCGACGACUGGUGGCGCCUCGCGUCUGGCGCCUGAGGUCCGCGAAACCCUUCAGAAGAGCUUGCGCAGCUUGUACGACGGUCUCAUGACUCUAGAGGUCGAUCUGCCUCCAGAGGAGCAGGAUCCCGAUGAUGACGAUGAUGACGAGCCCGCCACGAGGCUCAUUAUCGGACCCUUCGUCAAGCUCCCGUCCAAACGUGACUAUGGCGACUACUACCUGUUGAUCUCGAACCCGAUUUGCAUGAAACAGAUCGAGGCCAAGAUCAAGAAGGAGGAGUACAACAAGAUUGACGACAUGCGCAGGGACAUUGUCCUCAUGUGCAACAACUGCAGGACGUACAACGAGGACGGCAGUCUGCUGUAUGCGGACGCCCACGUGAUGGAGAAAUUCUUCAAUGACCGAGCUCAAGAGCUAUUGAGCAAGCACCCCAAGCUUGCCGAGCUCGAGGGGUCGUCCACCAAGGAAGGGUCCACCGCACCUAAUACCGCCGCGGGUACGCCUCAACCGACCUCUGCGCCACGGAUAAAGCUUGUCAGCAACGGGGCUGCCUCUGGAGGUGGCGCGGCUACACCUCCUGCAGCCAGUGCCGCGGGCACGCCAUCGGCGCCACCGUCCUCUGCUGCUGCUGCUAAUCCAGGUGAGACGGAGCCGUGA